AUGCCUAAAGAGCCGAUGUUAAUAGCUUCUAUGCAGUCAGGAGGAAGCUUCUCGAACAUAAGGGUGGUGCAGAAGAACCUAGUAUAUAUAAUAUGCAUACCACAGAAGUAUGCUGACGAAGGCGUCCUAAGCAGACAUGAAUUUUUUGGACAGUUUGGCGCAAUUAAAAAGAUAGUGGUUAAUAAGAGGACCUCGUCACUUGAGUCGACAGCCAGCGCUUACAUCACAUACAGUACAGACGAAGAGGCAAAGACCUGCAUACAAGAGGUCGAUGAAAGCCUUCUAGACGGGAAAGUUCUAAAGUGCACCUAUGGAACCACAAAAUAUUGUACAUUCUAUCUGAGGAAUGCAAUAUGCCAAAAUAGCGAUUGUAUGUAUCUACAUGAGCAUAGAUCUCAAAAAGAUAUUCUAACAAAGGACGAGAUGUGUAGCUCGAAGCACAAGCUGCACGAGUUUGAAAUCAGAAACAAAAACAAGAAAAGAAUAGGCAAGAGAUACGACUUUGACAUUCUCAACGAGCUUUUCAAGCACAAGACGUCUAGGGUCUUCAAGGCACCCGAUAGGAUUCUUUUUGAGCCUCUAGACUUCACAAACUAA